AAAGGGAAGGAAGAGAGAAAAAAGGCCUGGCACUGUAGAGGGAGAGAAGAAGAGGAAAGAAGCAUCAGUAGCUGGAUGGUGGGCCCUUGACCACCGCACCGGCAGCGUUCUCAUGAUGGGCCCACCGGACAGCGAGGGAAAGGAGAGAUCAGGUCGGAAGGCAGAGUCUCCAUCGAUCAGCAGCAGCAAAGGUCAAAGGAGCUAGCUAGGUGCUCUGCUUUUUAAUUUGCUUCACUUCCCCUCAAAUCCAAAUCCAAUCCACCAGCAGCAGCAGGAGGAGGGCCACCGCCGCCGCAUCUCACCCAUCAAAUCCGACAAGGUGCGCUGCUCCAAUCGAUCCUUACUUUCAUAUCCUCCCGCCUCCUCCUGCCGAUCUCAUCUUCUACCAUGCUGCGCUUCAAUCGCCAUGCCCACAGCCCCAAUUUUCUCUUCACAAAUCUCCUUACUUUCAUAUCAGCCCCAGCUUCAGAUGUAGUAUCUCUUUCAUCAGUGCUUGGAGCCAGGGAGGGAGCCUUGUUUUCCUAUCAUUAACUAGUUGCAACGUCGGUCGCCUAGGAUAUCAAUCUGAUCCGUUUGGUUGCUCAGGAGCCAAUGCACACUAGGGACCACACUACCAGUAAUGUGGAUGCCAACCAGGUUUCUCACCAUUUAGUGGGUUGGAUAUUGAGAAUUCAGAGGGACGCCGCACCCAAUUAUAUCUUGGGGCUCAACUUUCAAUUCACUCUCUGUAGCUGCAAAGUAUUACAUGAGACACACCUUUCAACAUCCUGAAAUGAUCUUUUGAUUCAAGAUGGGCCUCAAGGAACAGCAUGCACAACUGGAUGGCACUGACCAAACCAAAGCCAUCAGCUCACCUAAUUCGGAUGACCAUCACAAACCGGGCAUCCCUCGUGUAUCAAACUGCAGCACCGACGAGGAUUCUGGCCUUUCACUUUGCCGAGUCUGUCAUUGUGUCGAACCUGAUUUGAGAGGCGAGUCCGCCCUCGGUUUCUUGGGCAUUGCGCCACCUUCUCGAGAGCCUUCCUCUCCAUGGACUUAUAAUGACGCGAGCAACGAUGCUACCAAAACUUCCACCAGCAAGGAUGUCAUCACUGGGUCAAAGGAUGGCACCAAUGCUCCCAGAUUUGUUGAGUUUAUUAGCCCUGAGGGGGAGAUAUUCGUAUGUGCUACUGACGUGGAAUCAGGACCUUUGCAACAAGAUGAUCUUAUGGAUCUAGGAUGUUCUUGCAAGAACGAGCUUGCCCUUGCGCAUUAUGCCUGUGCAUUGAAGUGGUUCAUCAGCCAUGGAUCCACCGUAUGCGAGAUAUGUGGAAAUGUUGCUGCAAAUGUAAGGCCUGCAGAUUUCAAUAAGGUUCUCGCGUCCUUGAAGGAUUAUGAAGCUCUCAGGGAAAGGACAUCUACAGGGGAACUUCCGUAUUUGCAGUAUGGGGCAGAUACAGGUGUUGAUCCAGAUGCUGUUGCAGCAAUACGAAGGCAACGGCUUAGCGAGAUAUCAUCUUGGUUCAAUCCUCGUAACUCUCAUGUGGCUGUUUCUCAAGGGCACGUCGAACAACCGGCAGUCACUCCAAGUAAUAAUUCUGCUCUAGAGCAUAGUGUUGUGGCAGCAAGGGCAGUGCAUACAAGAUGGAGUUUGGAAAGUACUGGAGUUUUUGUUGUUAUUGGCCUAGCUGUCAUUGCUCUUGCAUGGUUCGUGGCUCCACAUGUUGGCAAAAAAGCUGCUGUAAUUGGUCUUCAUAUGCUUCUUGGAGGUUUAUGCGCGUUGACUCUAAUAGUAUCCCUGAGAUUUGUUUUCCCAAGAAUCCAGUAUGGGUCUAUGCGAUAUUGGGCAAUCUUGUUUGUGUCCUGGUUCCUAGUCUUUGGUGUUUGGGCUUCUCGAACUCGCAGCAUACGCUCCUCGUGAGCAUACAGUCUAUCCUCAGUCAUUGUGACAAAGUAGGAUUGCUUCACCGUUGCAGUGUUAGUUAUUUAAUCCUUGUGUAUAUUCAUCCAAUAUCAUGCUUGCCUUUUCUCUGAAUGGGUUUAUUUAAGAUGUAUAUGUUUGGCCCAAGGAAAGAUGGAAAAUUCUGUUA